AUGGUUGAAACGGAAACGAAAUUCACGAUAUCUCCCCAGCAAAAGGUGUCCUUUGAGAGAGACGGGUUCCUUGUUCUUCCUGCGGUGUCAGAGGAAGUAUCAAAGAACAUCGUUCAAUGGACAUACGAGGUCAAGAACCUUCCACACCGUUCAGACGCCUGGAUGCAUUAUGAUGAGAUAUCGUCCAAUGGCGAACGCACACUCACGCGAACAGAAAAUUUUGCCGAUUUCCAUCAAGGUUUCAAUGACCUAUUUCGAGGGAAGGUCAUUCUCGAUGUCUUGAAGCAACUCGGUGGGGAAGAAAUGGUUCUGUUCAAAGAGAAAAUUAACUACAAGGCUCCGUGGGCAGGCGGUUAUCGUGCACAUUUGGACGCGACCUCUUAUACCCAUGUUGCGAAAGCCAAGCAUCUUAGUAUCCUGAUGGCUGUCGAACCUGCAACAUUGGAGAACGGGUGUUUAGAGGUCGUAGCAGGCUCCCACAAAUUGGCCGAUUCACCGAACCCUAUUCCGAUUGGCCACGAUUAUUGCAUCGAAGAUGACUGGUCUAUGAAACAGAUUUGGACUCCAGUACCACUUGAAACUGGCCAAUUCCUCAUCUUCGGCUCUUACCUUGCUCAUCGUUCUGCAGCAAAUAACUCAGCUAAUGGCCGAGCUGCUAUCUACGCGACUUAUAACACUCUCUCCGAAGGCGGGGAUAUGCACGACGAGUAUUAUGCCAAUCGACGGCAACACUGGCCACCAACAGCGGACAGAGUACCGGGUGAGAAGUAUGAAUUGGGGGCUAGGAUGUUCGCGUUUGGAUCCCCGAUGCUAAGCGUCGAUUCUUCAGGGUAUCGAGAAAUGGGCCUUUGA